AUGCCCCGCGCGUACGACCUUGUGGUGCUUGGCGCCGGUUCUGGAGGUCUGGAGGCGGGCUGGAACGCGGCUUCCAUCUACAAUAAGAAGGUGGCCGUCGUGGAGGCGCAGAAGGAGCAUGGCCCGCCGUGCUUUGCAGCGCUCGGCGGCACGUGCGUGAAUGUCGGCUGUGUUCCGAAGAAGCUCAUGGUGACGGGUGCGCAAUACAUGGACCUGAUCCGUGAGUCGUGCGGCUUUGGUUGGGAAAUGGACCGCGACUCAAUUCGCUCUAACUGGAAGAAGCUCAUCACAGCGAAGAAUAAAGUGGUGAGCGACAUCAACAAGAGCUACACGGACAUGUUCGAGAACACGGAGGGGCUCAGCUUUCACAUGGGUUUCGGCGCCCUUCAGGACGCGCACACGGUCGUGGUGCGCAAGUCUGAAGACCCGGAAAGCGACGUGCUAGAGACGCUGGAAGCGGAUUACAUCCUUAUUGCGACCGGCUCCUGGCCGACGCGCCUCGGCAUCCCUGGUGAUGAGCUCUGCAUCACGAGCAACGAAGCCUUCUACCUCGACGAGGCCCCAAAGCGCGCCCUUUGCGUCGGCGGUGGCUACAUCUCUGUGGAGUUCGCCGGCAUCUUCAACGCUUACAAGCCCCCUGACGGUCAGGUGGACCUGUGCUACCGCGGCGAAGUUAUCCUGCGCGGCUUCGAUCUCGAGGUGCGCAAGAGCCUGAUGAAACAGCUGGAGGCGAACGGAAUAAAGAUACGCACCAAGGUGAACCCGUCGAGAAUCACCAAGAAUGCAGACGGCUCGAAGCACGUUUGUUUCGAAGACGGCACGGAGGCGGACUACGAUCAGGUGAUGCUGGCGGUUGGCCGCGCGCCGCGCUCGAAGGCGCUGCAGCUCGACAAGGCCGGCGUCAAAAUGGGAAAGAACGGCGCCGUGGUGGUCGACGCAUACUCGAAGACGUCGGUUGACAACAUUUACGCCAUUGGCGACGUGACGGACCGCCUGAUGCUGACGCCGGUGGCCAUCAACGAAGGCUCCGCCUUCGUCGAAACUCUCUUUGGCUGCAAGCCCCGCGCCACCGACCACACCAAAGUUGCCUGCGCGGUGUUUUCGAUACCACCGAUCGGCACGUGUGGUUUGACGGAGGAGGAGGCGGCGAAGAAGUACGACGUCGUCGCCGUGUACGAGAGCAGUUUUACGCCCCUCAUGCACAACAUCAGCGGCAGCAAGCACAAAACAUUUAUGAUCCGCAUCGUCACGAAAGAAAAGGAUGGCGAGGUGCUCGGCGUCCACAUGCUCGGCGACAGCGCGCCGGAGAUCAUUCAGAGCGUAGGCAUCUGCAUGAGGAUGGGCGCCAAGAUCAGCGACUUCCACAGCACUAUUGGCGUACACCCGACGAGCGCUGAGGAGCUCUGCUCCAUGCGUACCCCGGCAUACUUCUACGAGAAGGGCAAGCGCGUCGAAAAACUCAGCUGUAAUUUGUGA